UUUCUUCUAUCAAAAGGAUUGCAAAAAUUUGUCCAGCGUUUAUUUUCCCGGCACUAAAUUUCUGAGCAAUCCGUGUCGAAUUUUAGUUAUUUGAUCGGGCCAGUUGGUGGUUGGUAGAGUUGCGUGUAAGAAUAGAAAGUUUCCUACAAUGUCGGACAUCGACGACGAUUUCAUGUGCGACGACGACGACGAUGAUUACGGAUUGGAAUACUCGGAAGACAGCAAUUCGGAGCCGGAUGUCGAUCUCGAAAACCAGUACUACAACAGCAAAGCUCUCAAGGAGGAGGCACCGCAGGAGGCGCUGAAGUCGUUCCAGAAAGUACUGGAUCUGGAAAAUGGCGAAAAGGGAGAAUGGGGUUUCAAAGCGUUAAAGCAGAUGAUAAAACUAAACUUUAAGCUGCAGAAUUAUCAGGAGAUGAUGUCCCGGUACAAACAACUGCUCACCUAUAUCAAGAGUGCGGUCACGCGGAAUCAUUCGGAGAAAUCAAUCAACUCGAUAUUGGAUUACAUUUCAACGUCUAAAAAUAUGGAGCUAUUGCAAAACUUUUACGAAACGACACUGGAAGCGCUGAAGGACGCAAAGAAUGAUCGGCUAUGGUUCAAAACCAACACCAAACUUGGCAAGUUGUACUUUGACCGGAACGAUUUCAGCAAGCUACAGAAAAUUCUCAAACAACUGCACCAAUCCUGCCAGACGGACGACGGUGAGGAUGACCUGAAGAAAGGCACGCAGCUGCUCGAGAUCUAUGCGCUCGAAAUCCAGAUGUACACGGUGCAGAAGAACAACAAGAAAUUGAAGGCGCUUUACGAACAAUCGUUACACAUCAAAUCGGCUAUCCCGCACCCAUUGAUCAUGGGUGUAAUACGGGAGUGCGGUGGAAAAAUGCACUUGCGCGAGGGUGAAUUUGAGAAGGCGCACACGGACUUCUUCGAGGCGUUCAAGAAUUACGACGAGUCGGGCUCGUCGCGCCGCACAACCUGCCUCAAGUAUCUGGUGCUCGCUAAUAUGCUGAUGAAGUCUGGUAUCAAUCCGUUCGACUCGCAGGAAGCGAAACCAUACAAGAAUGAUCCGGAAAUUCUGGCCAUGACGAACCUGGUCACGGCGUACCAGACCAACGACAUUAUGGAGUUUGAGUCAAUUUUGCGCAACAAUAGAAACAACAUCAUGGCGGAUCAGUUCAUCCGAGAGCACAUCGAGGACCUGCUGCGGAACAUUCGCACACAGGUGCUGAUCAAGCUGAUCCGUCCGUACACACGGAUCACGAUCCCGUUCAUCUCCAAUGAGUUGAAUAUCGAGCCGGCAGAGGUCGAAAGCUUGCUCGUAUCCUGUAUAUUGGAUAAUACCAUCCAGGGCCGCAUCGAUCAGGUAAAUCAGGUGUUGGAGCUAAGCAAAGAGUCGCGCUGUGGCGCACGAGAUGUAGCUAUCGAGAAGUGGGCCAAUCAAAUCAGCUCCGUGCAGGCGGCUAUCAUCAACAAGAUGGCCUGAGGCCAGGAUGACUAACACGCUACAGUCCGGCCGAUAAUCGAUGUAACAAAAGGAGAGAUCUAAAGACAGCACAUACGACCGAAGAACGUAAGUUGAGUGUAAAGGCAACAGGUGGUCUUUGUCGGAUAUGGAAAGCAUAGCGGAAUCGAGCGUCCCGUUGUCUGUUUCAUCGAGGAACAUUGUUUUACAAGGAUCGAGGAUGCCUGUAUGAGUUGGUGGUUUUGCUUAUGACUUUUUCCCGAUUGUUCGACCCCGCGCCCAGAAGAAUUCGCAAACAGCAUGUGAUUGAACCGGAGAAAGAAAUACCUUCAACGCAUUAGUACCAGAUAAAACAUCCAAAACGAAGAGAAGAUGUGUAUGUAAGAACAAUAAGUAAAAUAUAAACCCAUGCGAAUGCUCAUUGU